AUGGCGUCCUUCUUGCUUGAUCACUGCCUUGUUGAGACGCAAGAGGCCAACUACUGCCGCCAGUACAUAGACCAGUCGACACAACGGCGGCCUAUCAACCAUGAACACAUCCUACAGCACAUUCCCAGAGCAGCUUCAUCUUUCGGCCCACUGGCGACCCUUUCAACACUGCUUGAGGCUAUCCCAGGACCGUGGCCUGUACUCGAGCUCCAAAGAACACAUACAGCAUUAUGGAGACUUUUACCAGAAGAGGCAAAGGCUGGCCGUGCCACUACGACAGCACACCGACUCAUAGAUCACAGCCUGCAACAGUGCAAGACAUCAUAUGCGUCUUUACUUGACCUUUACCACCCGGAGUCAUCUAAUAUUGCAAUCGUGGAUCCGGAGACUGGACGUUCAGCAUACCACAACAAGCUUGCAACCUCGAUCGCCAACUUCCGACUGCCUCUGCAUUCGGUUCCUGGUCAACGGAAACCGGUCGUCGCCAUAUCACUACCUAAUGGACCGCUACUUGCUAUGACAGUGCUGGCCACUGCUGCAUACUACACCGCUGCCCCUGUCGCCCACGGAAGUGGAGUCGGCAAAGAACAGUUCAAGGCUGAUGUACUUCAGAGCAAAUCGAACCUGGUCCUCGCUUGCAUAACAGACGUUGAGCGUCUCGGCCUUCGCGACGCAUGGCUGAAGGCAGCGAACAUCCCGGUGCUACUAGUCGACCUGGCUGACGACUUCACCCUCAUCUUACAUAAUCUGGAAGGACGCGAGGUCAAGCCCAAUACUAUAGCUCAGCCAGUCCCAAAUACCGCCGAUGAUACCGGUAUCAUGCUCUUCACAAGCGGCACAAGCGGCACCAAGAAGCUAGUACCCCUCAGUAUACACUCCAUGGUCUGUGGAGUAGCAAUGGUUGCAGAGUCUUGGGGUCUAUCAGAGUCCAUGCGAUGUCUGAACCAGAUGCCCCUCAACCAUGUCGGAGGUCUUAUCCGCAACCUUUUCGCACCCGUUUUCACUGGCGGCUCCGUCAUCUGCUGCAGUGCAUUCGAUGCAAAUCUAUUCUGGGAUUGUGUAGAAGACUACGCGCCGACUUGGUACUAUGCAUCCCCGAGUAUGCAUCAAGUGAUCCUGGAGGCCGGCGCAGCUCGACCGGAGAGCAUAGCAAAGAGUCAGGUCAGGUUGAUUUGCAACGCUGCCGGCGGCCUUGUACCAAGUCUAGCCAUCCAGCUCCGCGAGACAUUCUCUACCCGAACCAUCGACUGCAUUGUCCUGCCAAGCUACGGUAUGACCGAAUGCAUGCCGAUCUCCACACCACCACUCGACUACCGACUGGAGAAGACCGGAACUUCUGGUGUCAGUGUUGGACCAGAGAUUGGGAUCCUCGACGGUCGGGAUCGCAUUCAGAGUUCGGUCGGCGAAGUUGGUCGCAUUGCUGUUCGAGGUGCUCCUGUCUUUGGCGGCUAUCUCAAAGACAACGACAUCAUCGACAAGUCUUGCUUCACGCCCGAUGGCUGGUUUGACACUGGAGACAUGGGCUACCUGGAUGAUGCUGGUUUCCUGUACAUCACUGGCCGAAGUAAGGAAGUCAUCAACCGUGGUGGUGAGCUCAUUUCCCCGUUCGAGGUCGAAGAAGCGAUUGUGGCGGCAUCUUCAGAUUCAGAGUCUCCAACUUACGGCAAGAUCAGCAAAGCUCUCGCGCUGUCGGUCACCCAUGAUGUUCUGCAAGAAGUCGUUGGUAUCGCUAUCGCGGUCCCGACCGGUGCUAAGAGACCAUGUCUGCGAAGCAUUCAGGACUCAGUCAAGGGUGUGCUCAGUCAAGUCAAGGUGCCAGUACUGGUGGUGUACAUGGAAGGCGGCGUACCCACGAACAACAACAAAGUGCUGCGAAUAAAGUUGGCGGACAGACUGGGCUUGCCCACGAUCUCCGAUAGUACACCUCCGGCAGGACGAUACUUCGAAGCCGAUUGUCCGCCUCCGAACACGCCGCUAUCACAGAAGAUACAAUCUCAGCCACUCAAAGUUUCACAUCAAGAUCUUCAUGAUGCAUGCGCAGAACUGACACCCGAUUGUCUCGAAUACCACAUCAAAGAUAAUGACUUCUACCCUGAGCUCAUUCUGGGGCGCCGGAACAGCACAGACACACCAACUGAAGGUCUAUCCCAACACCUACUGAGAAUGCUGCCAUCUCAGUUGAAUGGCUACAGCGUGCCAUCGAAGGUCUCUGAGCUAGAUGAGCCACUGCCACGAGGCGUGUUCGGCGACGUAGACGAAGUGGCUUUGGACAAAAAGCUCAACUCACGUAAUCAGUCAUCAGGACCAAGCGGCGACCUGUCUCCAUUUGAGGCCACGGUCUGUCGCGUCUUCGCUGACGUAUUGGCACUCCCAGCGAGCGAUCUCGAUGGCGAUUCGGAUUUCUUCGAGCUCGGAGGCGACAGCAUGGGCGCGGGUCGUCUGCUGAACGCUCUUCGAAAGGAGUACCCGCUACGACUACCAAUUAACAUACUCUUCACGAACCCGAAAGUGCAUCAGCUGGCACAGGUCAUUCAAUACAAGCUACCGAAAGAUCAUGGGAAGCCUCAAGAGCAGACCAUUGUCUGCGAGCCCGAGUUCCUGCCAGGCUGUGAGCAAACUUGCAGCUCGACCAACCCACUUCUCAUGGCCAUGCAACUUCUCCCUCUGGUCCUUUUCAUUCCAGCCCGUCGUGCGAUGACAUGGACUGUCUUCCUGUACAUACUCACGGAAACACAACUCUGGGUCACCAACAGGAGCAUUCCCGGUCGUCUUCUCGAUCUAGUCAUCGCCAUCAGUGUCGGCGGUGCAGUGACCAGGAUCAUAUCUCCGAUUGUGGCGAUCCUCUUCAAGUGGUUCAUGAUUGGCAAAUACCAGGAAGGUCUCUACCCAAUGUGGGGGUCAUAUCACAAUCGCUGGUGGAUGACACAAAAGGUCGUGCAAUGCUGUGGUCUCGGUGUCUUCAGCUUGUUCAACUGGACUAGGAUCCUUUACCUUCGACUCAUGGGUGUCAAGAUCGGCAGGAAUGUCGCUGUCCAGAAGGGUAUUCAAUUUGGAGAGUACGACUUGAUCACAAUUGGAGACAAUGCUGUGCUUGAGCGGAGCAAGGUUCGACCUUUUGCUGCUGAGCGCAACACUUCCAUGUACCUGGGACGCAUCCAUAUCGGUGCCAACGCGUCGAUAGGAGUUUCAUCUUUUGUGGCAGCUGGUACGACUGUGCCUGACAAUGCUUGCAUUGGCCCCAACUCUUCCAGCUGGGAGGUAAAGGAGGGCGCAGACGAAGCCAACCGCGACUUGUGCUCAUCCAAGAUCCCAGACGCGCACUGGACACUCGAGUGGAUCGUCGGCAAACCUCUCGAACUCUUGGUCAGAUUCUGUGGAGCGAUACCAUGGCUUGGUUCUCUCGUUGCUUUGGUCAUUCACGAGCCAGAAGAAGCUAAAGACCAGCUUAAGGGGGUCAUCAUGUGGUUCGCUUCUCCAAACCGUGUUGGCUUCCAUUACCUAGCUCUGGCAGCUAACCUCGCAUUCGGACCCUUUUUCUUUUUCUUCGUGGUUCUGAUCGUCAAGCAUUUUAUCGACUUGUGCUCCGGAGGCAAGAUCCAGCCAAGUCAUGUUGACAACCGCUCAGCUUGGACCCAAUUCAGGAUGCAAUGGCUUCGCACCGUCAUGCCUGCACUGCGAUUCCACAAGCUUACUGAGCUAUUUGGUACACACUACGAGGCGACUUCGGUAUUUGCACGCGCUCUUGGCGCGAAGGUCGGCAGUCAUGUCUACUGGCCAGGUACAGGACCUUCGGUACAAGACUGGGAUUUGCUUGACAUUGGGAAUGACGUUGUGUUCGGCUCUCGCUCACACAUGGUCACCUCCGACGGCACCAGCAGUGAAUACAUCAAGGUCCGCUCAGGUGCCAUGAUUGCCGAUCGAGUCGUUCUUCUCCCAGGCGUCGAAAUUGGAGACAAAGCUGUAAUGGGCAGUGGUGCCAUGACGAGACGCAACAAAUACUACCCACCAGAGACGACCUGGGUAGUCAACUCCACCGACUCUUCGCCCAUUGAAGGACCAGGCAAGCUCUCUCUCAACUACAAGCGAGCCUCUCUCAAGCAGACAGGCGCCGAUAUCUCUGGAUUCAACUCGACUAGCACUACGCUCGCGUUUGGCGAAACGGCUCCUAACUCAGAGACGUCCAGCAUGAUCGACUUCCAAUCCCGUCCAGGUACCUCAGUCCCACUCGUCGACAUUGAAAAGUCCAAGGAAAUCAACACUUCUGUUCGCCCUCUGCCAAACUCCCGCUCGAACACGGAUUUGUCUGAGUCUGAGCAACGCACACCUGCCGAAUCCUCGUCGCCUUUUAGCAGAGCAUUCUACGAAGGUAAAGCCUCUUACCGGGUCUGGGGACCGUUCACGAUCUUCUUCCAUAGCACAAUCAUCAUAGUGGUCAACGGUGUCUUCUGGAACAUUGGAUCCGUCUCGGCUGUUCAGGUUGUCUCCUGGUUCUACCGACAUCACGAUAACAACGUCAUCGCAUACUUCUUCCUCGAUCAGAGGUGGUUCAGGCCUAUGUCUUUGUACGUCUUCGUCUUAGCUCUAAUUAUCGGCAUUGCGACACUCCAGGCGAUUGCUGUGCUGAUCUUCAUCAUUUGCGCCAAGUGGGUCCUCAUGGGCCGACGCAUGCCAGGGAACUACGACUGGGACAAGUCAUCAUAUUGUCAAAGGUGGCAGCUGUUCAUGAAGCUAGAGACAUUCCGAAGGCAUUGCUAUGGAGGCCAUGGAAUUCUUGGACUUCUCACCGGUACGCACUGGCUUGUGCUGUACUUCCGAGCUCUAGGUGCGAACAUUGGCAAAGAUUGCUCGCUUUUCAGCUCGGGUCUGCCGAGCUUGAUGUUCACAGAGCCGGACCUCAUAACCCUGGGCGAUCGUGUCGCUGUCGAUGACGCGAGUGUUGUAGGACACAUCAAUACAAGGGGCAAGUUCGACCUCAACCCGCUGAGCAUUGGCUCGAGGUCCGUCCUCCGCAGCGGAUCGCGUCUGUUAUCAGGAGCCAACAUGGAGGACGACUCAUGCCUGCUUGAGCAUACUCUUGUCAUGGCUGGAGAUGUCGUCGAUGCUGGCACGACCAAUCAAGGAUGGCCAGCAAAGGAAUUCACUGGCUCACGGAUGCCAACAAUGGAGGCGAGGAGGUAUUGGGGCGUCAAGUCUGUUUAG